GAGAGAGAGAGAGAGAGAGAGAGAGAAAAGGAAGCGAAUUCAAAUACCUUCCCAACAGCAACAAAGCAAAGGGCCUUUGAAAUUUUUUUGAUUUCAAAGCUCCUCUCCUCUCGGCUCUCUCGCUCUCUCAAACCCUAGCCUCUCCAUGAAGCUUUGAGUGAGAGAUUACUAUUUUACCCCCCUACCGGAAAUAUCACAGAAAUGCCCGAGGAGCCUCCUCCGCCACCAUCUCCGGUGGUUUCAUCAUCAUCAACUCCCACAUAAAAACCCUCACGCGGAGAGAGAGACAGAGAGAUAUAGAGCGAGAAACUCGUGCAUUGAAUUUGAAAAAAACUAACAAAAUUCAAUCCAAUAACGUACAUUCAUUGAUUGAUCGAGAACCGUUGGAUUGAUUGGUUGAUUGGAAAAUAUGGCGAAGGGAGGCCCUGUCGGAGAGAGAUUAAGGAGGAUCGCGCGGACGUUGUUUUUCAUGGUGGCGAUGGUGGUGUCGCUGCUUGUGUCGUCGCUGCCUUUGCUCGUCGCCAUUGGCGAUGUGCUCGUGCCGUUCGUACUCAUCUCCAGCUUCACCUGCAUCGGAUGCUACGGUCUCAAAGAGCAUUUGCAACGAUACGCUUUCAAAAGCUCCUUGACCGAUAUUCCUCUCGUCUCCGUUGUUAGAUCUCUCAUCAUUAUCUGUGUUUAUUCAAUGUGUGAUGCCCCUGCUCUCUCACACGGUCCAUACCUUGGAACUGUGACCUUGUGUUCAUUUCUCUCAAUUCUUCUUCUUUCAGUUAAGGCUUGUGUUUUCACUGUAAAUUCUCAAAUUGAGGCUGAAGCUUCAUAUUCCCUCUCAAGGCAGAAGCUCCAUUUGAAGAAGUCAUGGGGAAUGCCUGUCUUGUUUCUCUCAUCUGUAGUCUUUGCUCUAGGCCAUACUGUUGUUGCAUAUAGAACGAGCUGCAGAGCACGGAGAAAGCUCUUGUUUCACCGAGUUGAUGCAGAUACUGUCCUUUCAUGCAAAAGUGUUUUGUCUGGCUUCCAGAAGGUCCCACGAUCUCCCACUCCUUGUGGAGGAAAAACCCCAAAAAGUGACAGUGAAAUGAGGCGAAAGCCUUUAGGGUCACCUCGUGCUGAAGGGGAACUCCACGUCAGUUUACUUGCCGACAUUGACAGUUUAUUCAUAACAUGUCGAGGGCUUACUCUCCAUUACAAGCUCAGCUUUCCUGGUUCUUCACCUCGUUCAUUGUCCUCCACUGUCUUUCUUGAACCCAGUCCUAGUUGCAGCUCCCCAAAAAAGGCUGUGGGAAGGCCAAAAUUUGAGAGGCAUGCGUUAAGUGUGUUGUCAAAAAACCAAUAUCAAAUGCACCGGAGCUAUAGCAAUCAAUUUCACAGCUCUUCACUAUAUGCUCCGUUAUUGGAUGGUUCCACAACUCCUCCUGUUCUUCCUGAAGAAAUCCCUGUCUUGAGCUUAGAUGAUGCUGGUGAGCAGGGUGAAGUUGGUAAAUUGAACUCUGGGACUUUAGAGAGGGACUUGGAGGCAAAUUGCUUGUUCGGUGUUGUUCUGGUGCAUGGAUUUGGGGGUGGAGUCUUUUCAUGGAGGCAUGUGAUGGGGGUGCUAGCUCGGCAAGUGGGUUGUACUGUUGCUGCUUUUGAUCGUCCUGGUUGGGGAUUAACUUCAAGAAUGCGUCGGGAAGAUUGGGAGGAAAAAGAAUUGCCUAAUCCUUAUAAACUUGAUACUCAGGUAGACUUGCUUCUUUCUUUCUGCUCAGAUAUGGGGUUUACUUCGGUAAUUCUUGUUGGUCAUGAUGAUGGAGGCCUACUUGCUUUAAGGGCUGCACAAAGGGUUCAAACAUCAAUGAAUUCUUACAACUUUGCAAUUCGAGGAGUAGUAUUGCUAAGUGUUAGUUUGUCAAGAGAAGUGGUUCCAGCCUUUGCAAGGAUUCUUCUGCAUACUUCACUUGGGAAAAAGCACUUGGUUCGUCCUCUACUGCGAACAGAAAUCACUCAAGUGAUAAAUCGCCGUGCAUGGUAUGACGCUUCCAAGCUAACAACAGAGACUCUAAGGCUUUAUAAGGCGCCCCUAUAUGUAGAAGGUUGGGAUGAAGCACUCCAUGAGAUAGGUAGAUUGUCAUCUGAGAUGGUCCUUUCCCCACAAAAUGCAGAAUCAUUAGUAAAAGCAGUUGAAGACAUGCCGAUGUUGAUUAUUACCGGAGCUGAAGAUGCCCUUGUUUCUCUUAACUCUUCUCAAGCCAUGUCUUCAAAAUUUGUAAAUUCUAGAAUAGUUGCUAUAUCUGGAUGUGGCCAUCUUCCACAUGAGGAGUGCCCCAAGGCAUUACUUGCAGCUAUAUUACCCUUCAUAAGCAGACAUUUAUUUAAUCCAGAGUUGCAAAACCAAUAGGGGGAUUCAUUUGUUUAACUUAUAAAUAGGGUAGGGGAGUUUCCUUUUGUUUUGCUUUACCCCUUUUUUUUUUGUCUCUCUCUCUCUAAUCGUUUUCUUUUCUUUCAAUCAAUUUACUCAAUAGAAAGAGACAAAUGCCAUCUCUUUCUUUUGGGCAUUUUUGAUUUGCUAGUUUGGAGCCUUGCACUAAUCCUUAUUCUCCAGGGUUGUAAAGCUCUCUCACUUGUGUUUUUCAUUUUUUUUUUUUUUUUUUUUUUUUUUUUUUUCUUUUCCAGGUUUUCAUUUCAAAAAUACUUGCUAAAAGAGAUAGUUAUUUUCUACUAAAGGAGUGGAAAAUAGCAUAUAUUUGUACAUGUAUCAACUAUCAAAUGGGAACUCAUGCAAUUGGGCAUGGUUUUUGUCCCAAAAAA